UUUUGUAACUGGAAGUCACAGGGCAAAGCACUAAGCUGUGCAGUCACAGAAGGAACACAGAGCCCAAGAGUGUGAAGGGACAGAGGGGAGAGUGUCAAGGAAAGCUUGGGGCUGGUGGAAGAAGGGGGAGACGGGUGGGAGCAGAGGUGCUCAGGGCAAUGGCUGAGGCCAUCACCUACGCAGACCUGCGGUUCGUGAAGGCUCCCUUGAAGAAGAGCAUCUCCAGCCGGUUAGGACAGGACCCAGAGACUGAUGAGGAUGAGGAACUCACCUACGAGAAUGUACAAGUGCCCUCAGUCUCAGGUGGCUUGGCUUCUUCUGGAGUAGGGGACAAAGCAGGGCUCCAGUCCGGGCAGCCAACCGCGUCCUGGAGCUCCGUGACGUCACCCGCUGCCGGGAGGCUCCUCGCGGGCCGUGCAGCCUGUACGCAGUACCUCUUUCUCGGCCUGCUCCUCACCUGCCUGCUGUUAGGGGUGGCCGCCAUCUGCCUGGGAGUGCGCUAUCUGCAGGUGUCUCAGCAGCUCCAGCAGACGAACAAGGUUCUGGAAGCCACUAACAGUAGCCUGAGACAGCAGCUCCACCUAAAGAUAACCCAGCUGGGGAAGAGAGAAGAGGAUCUGCAGGGGUCCAGGAGGGAACUAGCCCUGAGUCAGGAGGCACUACAGGAGGAACAGAGGGUUUGCCAGGCUACCCAAGAGCAGUUACAGGCCUGCCAGUCUGAGAGGGAGAAGACAAAGGAAGCCUUGCAAAGUGAGGAGGUGCAGAGGACGACCUUGGAGCAGAGGCUGAGCAGCAUGUGGGACGCACUGAAGCCCAUAUUCACAUGCCCAUUAACAGCAGGUGCCGUACUCCCUCAGAAGAAUUCCUUCCAUUUUCCACCACUGAGUCUAUAUAUCCAUUCACAUUUUUGCCCAUCCCCAUUUUUGCAUGGAUCACUGCAACAGCUUGCUGCAUUGUUGGUCCUAAAUGUCCCUCCCCCCUCCCCCCUCCCCAUCCACUUGCCAUGUGGCAGCCAGGGUAAUCCUUUAAAAAAAAAAAUCUGAUCAUUCCAGUUAAUUAAUUACAUCAAAAGUUAUGGACUACAUACUAUACGUCCAAGCACCGUGCCCAAGCACUUCGGAUGGACAGUGAACAACAGUCCUCUAUGUAAAACCCUACAUUGCUUAAUCUUCCCUGUAAUAUGAAAAUAAAAAAAUCCUUAGCUUGGCUUCCAAGGUCCCUGCCUACCUUUUCAGCAUGCCACUUACCCUCUCACCCUCUUCCAUUUGGCCACACUGACUUUGUAUUCCUUUUAAUUGCCACAGGACAGAGGGUAGCUGGGUGAGGACAUGAGACAAUGUAGACAGAAGAGAGGGAGUUAGGGAAGGAGGAAGGAUCUUUGAGUGCCACAGGUAGGACUCCUGGAACAAAGCAAUGAAAGAGGUGGCUUGGGAUCAGGAGCACAGACUGGGGUACAUGCUGUGAAAGAAAGAGAUAUUUGUUGCUUAGAGGUAGUCAGGGACAGAGGAAUAGAGAAGAGACAGAUUUUGGGUUGGGAGGGAAAUGGAGAGAGUUCACAUCAAGUGUCUGACAAUUUCAGCAGAACAGGAGCCAAGGUUAUUACUUGUGGAAGAGUGGAGAGAGGGAAGAAGGUGGCUAGCAGCUUGGAGGGUGUGGGCAAGUUUUGAAUAUGCAUCGAGGAAUGCUUUAGGGAGCAACUGAGAUGAGUAAGAGGCCUAUUGAACACUUAUGGGGGGCCCAGGGAGGUCAGCCAAAGUGUAGGGGGGGAGACUGGAAUCAUUCAGAAAUUGGGAAUAGUACCACCACCCUAUUAAAAUAAACCUCCCAGACUGUUAAGGAGUGAUGUUGUGAGUACUAAAGACUUUUACUAAAUAUACGUUGGAAUGACAUUAUCAGGGGAGGCCAAAGACAGACAGAUCGCAAAGAUGAAGGGCUAGAAACCAGUGAAGGUGCUGGGACUAGACCAAGGGGAACUGUUAACGACCGGACCCAGGAAUCGUCACUUUUGUCCCAAAUGGGGAGAUCUCCCUCCUGGGUCUGGGCUGUCCUGUCACAUUCUUUCUGGU